CUCCGGAAAUCCCAAACCCAAAACUUUUCCGAGAGAAUAGAAAAUUUUCCCGAGAAAAUUCCAAAGAAAAGCGAGACCCCAAAAAAAAAAAAAAAAAAAAAAAUGGUUCCAUGAUCUUGUACUCGAGCUGGUUAGUCUAGGGAUGAUGAAGCCAAGCCUUGGCCAAUUCUUGGAUUCGAACAACAACAACUCAAACUCAUAUCUGAUUCUGAAUGGAACGAAACGGAAGCAAUUCGUCAGAGCCGAAGAAGGAAAUCGAUCAAGAAGAAAAUGUGAAGGUGAUCGAGUGGGAAGAAUUCGAGCAAGAACUUGCAAGGUUGUGGAGUCUUUCUUCUGCCCUCACCGAAGCUAAGGAGAAGAAACAGAGUCUUCAGCAGAAGCUCGAACCUCUUAUUCAGGUUGAAGCUGAAUCACUAAAUAGAUCAAAUGAGCUUGAAGAGAUGCGUGGGAAAUUGGAGGCUAGAAAAAUGUUGAUGGGAGACAUGUCAAUUGAUUGUAAGCUUGCAGCGGAGGAUGCUAAGAGACAAGAGGAGCAGCUAAAUGGUGAAGUUAGGUCACUAUUGGUUGCUGGUACAGCUCUUUCUGUUACAAGGAAGCAUUUGCUGGAGUUGCAUGCGUUACUCGGUGGAGACAAAGGAUAUAUCCGUCUAAAGAAUUUGCAGAAGAAGCUGAGAACGAGGCAACAGUAUAUGGUAUCUCAAGUUUCAUUGCUUUAUCCUGUAAAGAUCUCUUCAGGACCUACACAAGAUCGGGAACUUGAAUCAUUUCCUAGCAGUAGUAGAUCAGGGAAUUCUGCCAGAUCUAAACCUGUGAAUCAAGCAUCACUGACAAUUUUAGGUCUGCAAUUGACCAUGCCUCCUUCUAAAAUCAUGAGUUUUUUCACUGACAAGAAGGAGGUUCAGAGGUCUGCAACUGCACUGGGAUAUGUUGCUCAUGCUGUUUCCCUGAUAGCUUCCUAUUUGAAAGUUCCAUUGCGUUACCCUUUGCGCUUGGGUGGUUCCCGCUCAUGUAUAAUUGACUAUGCACCAUCAGUAGAAACUACAUUCUCUGAUUCGUCAUCGAGUACAGCUCUUUCCACAAAUUUGAAACAUGUGGAAUUCCCUUUGUAUUUAGAUGGGCAGGACACAACAAAAGCAUCUUAUGCGGUAUUCUUAUUGAACAAGGAUUUAGAGCAGCUUUUGAAUUUCAUUGGUGUUAAGAGUCUAGGACCACGUCAUGUUCUUGCUAAUUUGAAGGAGCUUAUAAGAACUAUUCAAUCUGCAGAUUUUAUAGAUUUCUGAUUUGAAUUGAGAGCUUCUGAUUUAAACAGUUAUGUAAAUGGAUAGUUUGUAUUCUUACAUGGGUGCAAAUGAUUUUAAUUGGGCACCUGAAAUUUUCUCCUCGGGGUAUAAUCCUUUCUGUUUCCAGUUUUGAGUAAAAUUCUCGAAGAGUUUCAUUGGAGAGUAGUUCUACCUCAGAAAGUAAAUUGUGGUGUAUAACUUGCUCUGAAAUUCUUUUAUGAAAUUUAUUUCUAUUUUGGAGGCA